UAGUCAUAGAGGUGGAACGGUGAUAGUGCUGGUUUUGAAAGUGAGAGGGUGGAAGGCUGGUGGCGGUAAUGGUGGUGGUUGUGUUGGUGAUAAUGAUCGGUACGGUGAUGGUGGUGGUGAUGGUGGUGCGGAGGCGGAGGUAGCACUGGCGGCGGCAACAGAGCAACCGACUGUGGCGGCGGCGGCGGCGGCGGCGUUGGGCGCGGCAGCGGCUGUGGUGAGCGAGGGCGGCCGGAGGAGCGGGGCUGGGGCGACCGCGGGCGAUAACGCUUCGGCCGCCCGGCGCUGCCUGCCUGCCUGCUUGGGUCAGACGCUCCUCCGGCGCAGUCGCAGAGCUCUCGCGGUGACGGCCCCGCUGUCACUCUUCGCUGAUAUUCGCACGAG